AUGGAUUCAGAUCAUGUAUAUCCUGCAAUGAGCUCGCUAUUAAAGAAGAAGACAGGUUUCCUAGGAAUGUGGAAAACUGUCCUUUGCACCUAUAUUGAAGGAGUUUUAACGAUAUAUAAUGGAACAAGUGAGCGAUCUGAUAAAAAAGAGAUUCAUAUUGAUUCAUCAGUCGUAAUAUCAUAUACACCCAAUGGAACAAGUCGAAAAUUUACAAUUCAAAUUCCAAAUGAAGAACCGAUCUUACUCACAUCCGAUGAUCCAGAGUUGACAAUCGCUUGGAUUCAGGCUUUAAGAGCUGAAACAUACACAGAAUCUACAGGAUUAUCAAUGAAUAAUUUUAAUAUAAUCGCGACAAUUGGCAGAGGCUUUUUUGGAAAAGUUUUACUCGUUUCUCUUCCAUCAACAAAUGAAUUGUUUGCAGUCAAAAUAGUUAAAAAGAAAUAUCUUGCAGAUAAUGGCAAAACACAAACAAUUCUUGCCGAAAGGAAUAUUCUAUUCAAAGCAAACAAUGAUUUUAUCGUUAAGAUGAAGUUUGCUUUCCAAAAUCCUACAAAAUUUUAUCUCGGAAUGGAAUAUGUUCCAGGAGGCGAUCUCUUCCACAUUUUAGACCAAUAUACUACAUUAAAGCUUGAAGCUGCUAGACUUUACAUCGCAGAAAUUGCAAUUGCACUCGAUUAUCUCCAUUCAAUUGGUGUAGUUUACAGAGAUUUGAAGCCAGAGAAUGUUUUAAUCGAUAAAGAAGGCCAUGUCAAGCUUUGCGAUUUCGGAUUGUCCAAAGAACUCAACUUUAAUGCUGAAACAACAACAUUUUGUGGAACAACAGAAUAUAUUGCUCCAGAAAUCAUUCAACAGAAGCCAUAUAGCUAUCCAGUUGAUUGGUGGGCAUUAGGUAUUCUCACAUACGAAAUUUUGUUCGGAGAUACUCCAUUUGUUAAUCCAAAUCAGAGAAUAACAAUGACAUCAAUCAUUUCUUCACCGCCAAGGAUUCCGAAAUGUCCUGAUUUCGUAAGUGAUUUCAUUCUCAGACUACUUGUUAAAGACCCUGCAAAGCGCGCAACUUUAAAUGACUUAAAAGGUCAUCCUUUCUGGGGAGAAUUGGACUUUGAGUUGGUCAAACAGAAGAAAUAUACACCAUUCUUCAUCCCUCCUGAAGGACCAAACCCAUACUGCAACUUUGACCAAGAAUUUACAGCAGAACCAGCAACAGAUUCACCUGCAACUCCUCUUUCAUUGGAAUCACCGACUAGUGAAGUUACUGGUUUCUCUUUCACUAGUUCUGAGAUCCAGAAUAUACCAGAUUUGCCCCCUUCUUCAAUUCUCACAUUAGAGCCAAUACCAUUAGAUUAA